AUGACACAGAGAGUUGCAGACAUCGACGAUUGGGUCAGAAUGCCUUAUCUUAUUAGCACAACACAAAACCAGUUUUUCGAAAACUUCCCAGAACGAGCAUUCAGAACUAGGCAUGCUUUGAACAGACCUGAUGUCUGCUGGGAGACCACAAGCUUGAGAUCCUUGUCUGAUUGGAGUUGUGAUCCAGGCGCUCCAUGCUGCACCUGUGACUGUGAUUGCCAGCCUGCUCUGAGGGUCAACGCGCAGCUUGUUGGAUAUUUCUGCAAACCCCAGGAUGAUACCAAUGUUCUUGACGGCACACACUCACAGAGCCACGGCGUAGGACAAGCACUGCCAGGCCCUUUCUACGCUCAUUACCAGCCCAACACCUAUUACAGUUAUAUGGGAGAACCACGUGUCUUUUAUGGCGAACAGGAGGCCUCGUCAGUUGAGGAUAUGAUCUACUAUAGAGCUAAGGAGCAGCGGCACAAGAAUGAUGCCGAGAGAAGAAUUCAAGAUUGGACACGACUCAUGCCUGAACUAGUCGGCAACAGCAAUGCCUCGUCCUCAACGCACCGCAUGUCGAAGAGAUGCGCCAGGAACAAUAAUAAAGAAGACAAAAAUCAAAGCGCACACACAGACAAGAAGAAAGAGAAGAACAAGGGCGACGGGAGCAAAAGAAAGAGACGAACGUUCACACGACGAUCCUAUUGA